GGCCCCGCGGCCCCGGCUAAGUAGGGCGGGCGGCCACCUCUGCCCUACUCCUUCCCUCUGCGUUCCGGGCCUCGGAGCCGCCGUGAGGAGGAUGAGUCCCUGGAGCUGGUUCCUGCUGCAGACCCUCUGCCUCCUGCCCACGGGCGCAGCUUCGCGGCGCAGGGUGCCCGGCGCCGCCAACUGCGAGCUCAAGCCCCAACAAAGUGAGUUGAAUUCCUUCUUGUGGACCAUUAAGCGAGACCCACCAUCUUACCUCUUUGGCACAAUCCAUGUCCCGUACACCCGAGUUUGGGACUUCAUCCCCGACAACUCUAAGGAGGCUUUCCGGCAGAGCAGCCUUGUGUACUUUGAGUUGGAUCUCACAGACCCCUAUACCUUCUCAGCUCUCACCAGCUGUCAGAUGCUGCCGCACGGCAAGAACCUCCAAGAUGUGCUCCCCAGGGACAUCUACUACCGCCUCAAGCGCCACCUGGAGUAUGUCAAGCUCAUGAUGCCCUUGUGGAUGACCCCAGACCAGCGUGACAAGGGGAUCUACGCAGACUACCUCUUCAAUGCCAUUGCCGGAAACUGGGAGCGCAAGAGGCCUGUCUGGGUGAUGCUCAUGGUCAACUCCCUGACUGAAGUGGCCAUUAAGUCCCGUGGGGUGCCUGUCUUAGACCUAUUCCUUGCCCAGGAGGCUGAGCGGCUGAGGAAACAGACUGGGGCAGUAGAAAGGGUGGAAGAGCAGUGCCAUCCAUUGAAUGGGUUGAACUUUUCACAGGUCAUCUUUGCUUUGAACCAGACCCUCCUGCAGCAGGAGAGCCUGCGAGCAGGCAGUCUUCAGAUCCGCUACACGACGGAGGAUCUCAUCAAACACUAUAACUGCGGGGACCUCAGCUCCAUCAUCCUCAGCCAUGACAGCUCCCAGGUUCCCAAUUUUAUUAAUGCCACGCUACUGCCUCAGGAGCGCAUCACUGCUCAGGAGAUUGACAGCUACUUACGCCAGGAGCUGAUCUACAAGCGAAAUGAGAGAAUAGGGAAGCGGGUGAAGGCCCUUUUGGAGGAGUUCCCUGACAAAGGCUUCUUCUUUGCCUUUGGAGCUGGUCAUUUCAUGGGCAACAACACAGUGCUGGAUGUUUUGCGGCAUGAAGGCUAUGAGGUAGAACACACCCCUGCUGGACGACCCAUCCACAGAAGGAAGAGUAAAAAGACCUCCACACGGCCCACUCCGUCCACGAUCUUUGCUCCAAAAGUCCCUACCCUGGAAGUACCGGCACCAGAAGCCGUAUCCUCAGUGCACUCAACGCUGCCGCCCCUUGUGUCCCGGCCUGGAAGUGCUGACCGGCCCAGUGAGGCCGAGCAGAAGUUACGGAAGAAGUGGAGGCGGCAACAGCGGAAGCAGCGACGCCGCCAUUUCAGGGAUCUGUGGGUCCACCUGGAGGAGAGUGACAUGGUCCCGCAACUCCAGGUCCCUGUCCUGGACAGGCAUGUCUCCACUGAACUGCAGCUCUCUCACCAUGGGCAUUCCCACCACAGCCAGAUGGUGGCCAGCAGUGCCUGCCUGUUUCUCUGGACUCCUGUGUUCUGGGUGCUGUUGUUGGCUGUCCAAACAGAGACAUCCCUCCUGUAACGACUGGAAGCACCAAGCGCCUGACUCCUUGGACUUGAAGAAUGGCCAUUCCUGUACUCCACAUUCUGGUCUAGCCUUGUUGGGCCCAAUCCAGGAGAAGAGACUUCUCCUGAAAAAGAAGCCCAGUGUUGAUUCUUCUUUCCAAGGAAUAUGACUUUGGGUUAUCCAACUUUGGGGGGAGGUGUCCAGUUUUGUAACUUAAUGAGUUGUGUGAAAAUAAAUUAUAAAUGAGUUGUAUGAAAA